UUGUGUGGCAGAUUGGACAAGGACUGGAGAGAUGCAACAGCAGAUGUCGAGGAUGAUAUCCCAGGUGUCCCUGUUUAGGGCGUUAUGCUACCUGCUGCUGAUGUCAGGUUUGCUAGAAGCAACAUCUCUGGCAAAAGUAAAGAAUCCUGGAGGGAGUAAGGUUAGCAUCGACUCUGCUCAGGCACAUGAUUUCUUGACUAAUUCUCGACCCAAGAGGAACAUUGACCCAAAGUGGUACAGAGGCAGUCCUGAUUUUCAGUCCUACUACCGCUUCUACAACAGUAUUGGACACAUUGAAGGGCUCUAUGAGAUCGACAGGAUCAGGAUGUUGUAUCACCAGAUGCGUCACUUGGAGCUGACCUAUGGCCCAGAUGCCUCCAGUUACCAAAGUGUCAUGGGUGUACAGACUACCACUGCAGCACCAACUACUACCACUCAGCCUCCUCCACCUCCCACCACCCCUGCUCCUACACCAGAUCCUCUGGAGAAUGCUCAGAGGAUCUAUCUGUGUCACCCCAAAGAUCCACUGUGCAAACCUCAGAUUGUCUACCUGCCAACGGGUGCUGUUCCAGUGCUGUGUGACCCACGAGGCAACCCAGCCUGCAGGCCCAAAACAGAGGAGGAGAUAAAAGCUGCAGCUCCUCCCCAACCACCCCCAGCUCCUAAAGCUCCUCGAGCUCCUCCUGCUCCCAAAAAGGCUGCUCCACCUCCUCCCCCUCCUGCUCACACUCCUAAAGGUAUGGAGUAUGACUGUGACCCAUACUGGGACCCUGACUGCCUCAUUGAUCACCCUCCGCGCCCUAUCCAGGAAACAACCGCACCAGAGGCACCUGCUGAAGAGAAAGUGGUGAAAGAGGAAGUACCGAAAGUCAAGGAAAGUGUCCCUGCAGCACCAGCCACCGAGAAACCCCCCAACCCUUACUUUGACCCUUACAAUUCCAAGGGUGACCUUUAUGAUCCCUUUCGUUAUGCCAAUACAGCUCCAGAAGAGUAAAAACGAAGCACGUCAGACGUGAUAGUCUCCUGUGCAGCAUGAGACUACAAGUUAAACCACAAGAACAAACCAAGGCAGGACUGUGAGGGAAGAGAGAGGAAAAAUCAAAUCAUGCAAAUCAUCAAAUGUUUUACAUGAUAGACAUUCAAAACUAUUCUCCUUUGCUCAAAUUUUUUCCAUAAGACGAACGACACUAUGACUUUUCUCUUUGUUUGUAUGGUCAUAACCAAUGCACAAUAAAGUUUUAUG